AUGGAAAUAAGGCCAGGUUUUAAUCCACGGGGAAGAGAAAAUCUAAAUUGUUAUAAUUGUGGAAAACAGGGCCAUAUGGUAAGAGAUUGCCAAGAAACGAAAUGUUUCGAAUGUGGAAAAUAUGGACAUAUAGCUCCUUAUUGCCCGGGAAAACGUGAUAAAUUACGUUGUGCGGGUUGUGGACGAUUUGGUCAUAAUAGGGAAGAAUGCAAUGUUGCCAAUUUCAAUACAAGGGGCGGUUUUCCACAGAGAGAUAUGGCUCAAAUUGCUCCAAAUGUAAGAAUUCUUGAAAGCGGGAAAAAUAAGGAUAUAGAAAUAUUCAAUUUAACGGAGAAUAAAAGUUUAAAUAAUAUAUGUUUUUGA